AUGUCUUUUGAUCUGCGAGCAAAUCGUUGGCGUGCUGGGGAACCAUUACGCGAGGUUCGAUCUGGAGCUGCAGUAUGUUCUCUUAAUGGUUCAAUGGUUGCUGCGGGUGGUCACGAGGGAGCAACUGUGAGAGAUACCGUUGAGAUCUAUAAUCCUGGGGUAGAUGAUGAUUGGGCAUUGAUUCCAAACAUGAGCGCUCCAAGA